AGUCAAGAACAAAAUAUAUUUUUUUUUUUAAAAAAAAAGGAGAAAAGACGAACCGAAUAACGACAAUUUCAGCACUCAAGAGUUCCUCACUUCCUCUCCCCAGCUAUGUUAUCUCCAACCGCCAACCACCAACCACCAACCACCAACGGCUCACUCUCUCCCCAAACAAUAACAAUGACAACACUUCCCGAAACCCCCACCAUGGAAAACGACAACACCACCCACCUAAACGGCACCGGCAAGAAACCCAAGCUCGCGCACGUCACGCACACCAUUUCCGAGGCCGAGAUCCGCGAGGAAUUCUCCCACCACCACCGCGGCGUCGCCAGAAUCAACAAUGGCAGCUUUGGCAGCUGCCCGCAUUCCGUCCUCGCCGCGCAGUCCACCUGGCAGCUCCGCUUCCUCCAGCAGCCCGACGACUUCUACUUCAACGCGCUCCGCCCCGGUAUCCUCGCCUCACGCGCCGCCAUCCAAGACCUCAUCAAUGCCGGCCACGUGGACGACGUCUCCCUCGUUGACAACGCCACCACCGCCGCCGCCGUCGUCCUCCAGCAGAUCGGCCGCCGCUUCGUCCGCGGCUACUUCCACCGGAACGACGCCGUUGUGAUGUUCCACUGCGCCUACCAGGCCGUGAAGAAAUCCAUUGAAGCUUACGUCAGUCCCAUCGGCGGCACCAUCGUCGAGGUUGAACUCCCCUUUCCGGUGCGCUCGGAGGAAGAAAUCAUAACGGAGUUCAAGAAAGGCCUCGAGAAAGGUAAACUCAACGGCGGAAGAGUUAGGUUAGCGAUAAUCGAUCACAUAACUUCCAUGCCUUCGUUCGUUCUCCCCGUUCGCGAAUUGAUCAGGGUUUGCAGAGAGCACGGAGUGGAGCAGGUUUUCGUCGACGGCGCUCACGCCAUUGGAAGCGUCCCCGUGGACGUUAAGGAAAUUGGAGCUGAUUUUUACGUGAGCAAUUUGUACAAGUGGUUUUUCUCGCCGCCUUCGGUGGCGUUUUUGUAUUGUAAGGAAAAAUCAAACGACGUGCACCACCCUGUCGUUUCACAGGAGUACGGGAAGGGCCUACCGGUUGAGAGUGCGUGGGUGGGGAUGCGUGACUAUAGCCCCCAGCUUGUUGUGCCAUCGAUUUUGGAGUUCGUGAAUCGGUUUGAGGGUGGGAUUGAGGGGAUUAUGAAGAGGAACCAUGACGGGGUUGUGAAAAUGGGAACCAUGUUGGCGGAGUCGUGGGGAACGGUUCUGGGGUCGCCUCCUGAUAUGUGUGCUAGCAUGAUUAUGGUGGGGUUGCCUUCUAGGUUGCGUGUGAUGAGUGUUGAUGAUGCAUUGAGGUUAAGGUCGUACCUUAGGGUUUAUCAUGCAGUUGAAGUUCCUGUGUAUUACCAGGCUUUGAGGAAUGGUGAUAGGGAUCCUAGGGACAAGGAUGGGUUUAUAACUGGUUACGUAAGGAUAUCUCAUCAAGUUUAUAAUACUGCUGAUGAUUAUGAGAGGCUUAAGACUGCGAUCAAUCAGCUUGUGGAGGACGGGAAAGUUUGCAGCGGGCUUCCUAAGGAGUGAUUUGAAAGAAAAGAAUGAAUGAGGUAAUGGAAAAUGUUAAACUGUUGGAGCCCUCUUGUAAAAAUAACCUAUACGAGGUUAACUUUGUAUGCUGGGACUUGUAAUUGUUGAAGAAUAAAAGAGGAUCUUACUGGAGGCUGGAUUUUGAUGGCUACAUAAUGAAAUUAGAAAGCUGAGGUUUGUGAGGCAUUGUUUUCUACUUCUGGUUUCUGGCGACCUGGUAGCUUUCUUUAGUUCUACUAAUGGAUUUAAAAUGAGUUUCAUGAGCUAACUGCCUCUCAAUCAUUGACUACUGGUUUGUAUGUUGAGGUUUCUUCUUGGUAACUGGGGCAAACCAAGUUUAAAUCCUGCCUUGGUGCUGAAAACCAAAAUUGGAUAACUACUCUGUAAGAAAGGUAAGACAUGGUUGUAACUACAAAAUUUGAAUUCAUAUUUGUUUACUAAUCAACGUAGGGAAUUCAGAGAUGAGUAUUGCCAAUAUUUGUAACUACAUGUAAAAUUGAUUCCUUUUAAUGUAGGUUGCUGCUAGACUGUUAGUGUUUUUUUAUCAUUCGUUAACCCAUAAUUUAUAGAGAUGGCUGCGUCUGUAUUUAGUUCAUAACAUCUUUCAGGUGCUGGUACCAUACUUGAAGGGCUCAAUUAUUUGCAUUAUCUGAUCUCAACUAAUGUCCAAUCUUAGAAUUUUGCUGUUGGUAUUCAUGGAGUAACCUCGCAGCCUUGUUAACAUUCUGGUUGGAAGAGUAUAUUUUAUUCCUAACUUAGAUGGCCCUACGUGUAAGCCAUAUGCCAUGCACGAGCGUCAUUGAUGGCCAAGAUUCAUGCAUCCAUACAGCUAGUGACACUGUUGCUGUAUUAUUAAACAUCAAACUGCAGGGUGAUAGAAACAAAAUUUGCUUCACUUGAAUGGAAUUCCAAAAGGAGCUAGGGUGACGUUAGUCUAUAAAUAAAUAGGGUGGGAUUGAUAUAGGAAAGAGUUGGAAAUUUUGUACUCACAAUCACUCAAACCUUACACAUUUGUCCACUAGGAUACAGAGGCGCUCAGAAGAGCAAUGUAUGAACUUCCAACGAGAAAGUAAAAUUGUUCAUUUGAUUUAGUUCUCCUCCUCUUCA